GAGCUGGUUGUGGAUGCAGGACUUGGAAGUCCCGUAGCAGAUAAAGAAUCCAUUGGAGUUCACAAGCAGAGAAUGCCAGAGCUCGGUACUCGGCUUCGCAGGAAGAACGCGAGACAGUUUGCUGCUUUUUGCUCUUCCAGGAGAUGAGGGAUUCACCCAGGUUCAGGAAUGGCGUCAUUGAGGAAACCCAGCUUGUUCUUUGCAGCAAGGGCGUUGAACAUGGCGCGGCUCCAGUCAUUGUAGUUUGUUGGGGUGAGCUUCUCGCUGACCAAGAGAGAACCAGGUUGCUCAGAACCAUGAAGGAAGUAUGGAUCUUCCAUUGGGUAAGGAGUGUUUAAGUUUUCACCAGAUGCAGAAGCAUCUUGAUGGGUUUCGUUUGUGGCCAUGGCGGCGCCCUAGGGCUCUGAUACCAUGAAAACAAUUGGGAG